UGUUGUCGUCAAGUCAACGGCGCUACGUCAUCACUGUGCGCGCCGUGUGCUGUUGUGGGAAGUCGUGUCGCUCUUCAAAGACCAGAGAGGCGAUUCAUUUGUUCAUCAACAACAGGAUGCCUCUACCUGCGGCACUGCUGGCCCGAUUGGCCAAGAGAGGGAUUGUUAAACCGUCAGAACAAGAGGCAGAUGAGGAGAUUAUUGCCGAAGAUUACGAUGACAACAACGUAGAUUAUGAAGCAACUAGAGUAGAGAAUCUACCACCAAACUGGUAUAAAGUGUUUGACCCUGCUUGUGGUCUUCCUUAUUACUGGAAUGUGGAGACAGAUUUGGUGGCCUGGCUGUCCCCAAAUGACCCAAGUUCAGUGGUAACAAAACCCGCAAAGAAAAUUAGAGCAGAGGGAGGUGAUGAAAGAGUUGAGAGGUCAUUUGAGAAGCCUGACAGAGACCGAGAGCGUGAAAGAGAAAAAGAGCGGGAAAGGGAACGGGACAGAGAAAGAGACCGAGAAAGGGAUGAAGGAAGGGACAGAGACAGAAGGAAACCGAGAAGAGAGGACAUAGCACCGUACAGUAAGAACAAAAGAGGGAGAAAAGAUGAUGAGAUGGACCCCAUGGAUCCCAGUGCUUAUUCUGAUGCCCCAAGGGGAACAUGGUCGAGUGGCCUGCCCAAGCGUAACGAAGCGAAGACGGGUGCAGACACCACAGCGGCAGGGCCUCUGUUCCAGCAGCGGCCAUACCCGAGCCCAGGAGCUGUGCUUCGAGCUAACGCAGCAAACCAGAUCCCCAAGGAGUAAACUGAGCUCCUGGAAACAGCUUUACAGUUUAACUUCUUUGCUCACAUCUUAACAUUUGCCGUUACAGACUGACAUCUCUUAAGGUAUUUUUUUCCAUUCGCAAAGAGUGUACAUGUCAGAAAUUGAGUGCUAAAGAUUUAACACCAUCAGUGCAUUCACACUUAACAUGUAGAACAGUUGUAAAUAUGUUUUUAUAUGACCGAAAGAUUUACCUCUUUGUUGUCACUAAAGUCAGUAGUGGACUUGAUUUGCUAAUAAAUUUGAAGAUUACUGUGAAAAUGAGUCAUUAAAACUUUUCUUUAGGGUGUUAUGGAAGUUUUGUAAUAAAAUAUGUACAAAUAAAAA